UGUUACAGAGGCAUGUACACCAGGUGGCGCGCGUACCAGCAAGAAAAUCGAUACUUAUCGUCUCGGAACGUACAGUCGAGCGUCUUCCAGUACGCGACUCGUGUGCACGAGGUAAACACGGCACCCUAUGCCAAUUAGAAUGGAAUGAUACGUAAAGAGUGAGAGAUUAUUUCGUCGUUUCCAGUCAGCUAGAUCGCAGAAUCAACCUAAGACAUGUAUGGUUUCGUGAAUUACGCUCUCGAGCUCCUCGUUGUGAAGAACUUUGGCAGCGAGACAUGGGAUGAAAUAAAGAAAGAUGCUGCCAUUAAUAUGGAUGGACAAUUUCUAGUACGACAAAUUUAUGACGAUGAAAUUACCUAUAAUCUUAUAGGAGCGGCUGUCAAUCGAUUGAACAUUCCUGCAAAUGAUAUAUUAGAACUUUUCGGUCGAAUGUUCUUCGACUUCUGUCAGGAUUCUGGAUAUGACAAAAUCCUUCAAGUUCUUGGAGCAACACCCAGAGACUUCUUGCAGAAUUUAGAUGCUCUUCAUGAUCAUUUGGGUACUUUGUAUCCUGGAAUGAGGGCACCAUCUUUUCGAUGUACAGAAAGACCGGAGGAUGGUGCUUUGGUAUUGCACUAUUAUUCGGAUCGACCGGGUUUGGAACACAUCGUUAUUGGAAUUGUUAAGACCGUGGCGAAAAAGCUUCACGGGACAGAUGUGGAUAUGGAGAUCCUAAAGACGAAAAAUGAAUGUGAUCACGUGCAAUUCUUGAUAACCAAUACAUCGGGACCUGGUGUCGUUUCCAAUUCUAUGAUCGUUGAACAUGAAAUGUUGUCUGCUGAACCAAAGGUGAGCCCCACUACGUUUUGCAGAGUAUUUCCUUUCCAUAUUAUGUUCGACCGGGAUCUCACGAUAGUCCAAACAGGCUACACCAUCACUCGUAUUUUACCACAGGUCUCCAGUGGUAACUGCAAAUUAACCGACAUACUCUUCGCCGUCAGGCCGCAUUUGGAAUUAACAUUUGAAAACAUACUGUCACACAUAAACACUGUCUACGUGUUGAGGACUAAAAAGGGAAUGAUGCGCGUUGCAUCCUCGGAAGAGUACGCGUAUCUACGUCUUAAGGGUCAAAUGUUAUACAUACCUGAGAGCGAUCUGACGAUUUUCCUCUCUUAUCCAAGUGUCAUGAAUCUCGACGACCUUACGAGACGUGGUUUAUACCUAAGCGAUGUACCAUUACACGAUGCAACGAGGGACCUUGUCUUGAUGUCGGAACAAUUCGAAGCGGAUUAUAAGUUGACAAGAAACUUGGAAUUACUCACCGAUAAGCUGCAACAGACGUAUCGCGAACUAGACGGUGAAAAGCAGAAAACCGACAGGUUACUAUACUCCGUAUUACCAAUUUCUGUGGCGAAUGAACUUCGACAUUCGAGACCAGUACCCGCAAAGAAAUACGAUUGCGUAACACUUCUAUUUUCGGGAAUCGUCGGUUUUGGGGCUUAUUGUGCGGCUCAUACUGAUUCUAGUGGUGCUAUGAAGAUUGUUAACAUGCUCAAUCAACUGUAUACUGCUUUCGAUGUCCUUACGGAUCCCAAGAAAAAUCCCAACGUUUACAAGGUGGAAACUGUGGGAGAUAAAUAUAUGGCUGUGAGCGGAUUACCGGAACCGUGUCGUUGUCAUGCACGAUGUAUAGCACGACUUGCACUCGAUAUGAUGGAUCUUGCCGCGGAUGAGGUACAAAUCGAUGGAGAACCUGUGAAAAUCACCAUCGGUAUACACAGCGGUGAAGUUGUAACUGGUGUAAUUGGACAUCGUAUGCCACGAUAUUGUUUAUUUGGAAAUACUGUCAAUCUUACAAGUCGAACGGAAACCACUGGAGAACCCGGUAAAAUAAACGUUUCGGAGAAUGCUUACAGGUAUUUGUGCAUGCCUGAGAAUCAAGAUCCUCAAUUUCUAUUAGAAUACAGAGGUCCAGUCACUAUGAAAGGAAAAUCCGAACCAAUGAACGUAUGGUUCUUGUCUAGAGAAGUGGAACUAAAUGCAUAAUUUGAUCACCGAGUAGAAUAUUUCCAACCAUCGUUGAAACAUCGUUACAGCAAUAAAAUGGGAAAUCCCUGUAGGAUAUUAAAUUAUACAUAAUAUACUUUAACGUGAAAUUAAGUUGCACAUCUGUGGAAGAGCUCUAUGUGAUCAUUACGUGUGAAAAUUGAUUAAUCUCGUCGCUCUUUUUCAUAAUAUGUAUAUGUAUUUUGUCGCAUAUUUGCUCGUAGAAAUAAUAGUUUUACAGUUCCUCAACGUUUUAAAUAUCCUGACGUUAAAUGUUUUAAGUAUUUUCUUUAUUUGUUAACUAUAUAUUCUAUAUUCUAUAUUCUAUAUAUACAUAUAUAUGUAUACAUACAUGUAUGUAUCUUGAACGAUAAGAAAUAUAAUCGUCUGAGAUUGAAAUACUCAUUGAUGUUGAUAUUUGACGUACGAAUAAGUCGAUAAUUAAUGAAAAUCAAUUAAA